GAAGAUCAUUCUUUUGGAGAGAAAUAGUGGUAGACGACUUGAGUUCUAGAGAGAGAGAGAUAGAGAAUUCUGCAGAAGAGGACUUCUCCUCCUCCAGUACCGUUUUUUUGUUUUGCUUGCAGAAUCGAUCGUUCCAACAAUCGCGAUGAGUUUCCUCUUCGGCAAGAAGAAAACUCCCGCAGAGCUUCUACGGGAGAACAAGCGGAUGCUUGAUAAAUCUAUCCGAGAAAUAGAAAGGGAGAGACAAGGGUUACAAGCUCAAGAGAAAAAACUGAUUGCAGAGAUAAAGAAAAGUGCGAAGCAAGGACAGAUGGGAGCUGUUAAAGUGAUGGCAAAGGAUCUCAUUAGAACAAGACAUCAAAUUGAAAAAUUUUAUAAGCUGAAGUCCCAACUUCAAGGUGUCUCCCUCAGGAUCCAGACUUUGAAAUCAACUCAAGCUAUGGGGGAGGCAAUGAAAGGUGUCACCAAGGCAAUGGGCAAGAUGAAUAGACAGAUGAACUUGCCUGCACUGCAGAGGAUAAUGCAAGAGUUUGAGAUGCAAAACGAGAAAAUGGAAAUGGUAAGUGAAGUGAUGGGAGAUGCCAUAGAUGAUGCAUUGGAAGGGGAUGAAGAAGAAGAAGAAACUGAAGAGUUGGUAAACCAGGUCCUUGAUGAAAUUGGAAUUGAUAUGAAUUCCGAGCUUCUCAAUGCACCUUCCUCCGCUGUAGCUGCACCAGCAGCAAAAACCAAGGUCCCCCAAGCUGAGGCAACCGGGAACGAUGACGGCGGGAUAGACAGCGAUCUGCAGGCAAGGUUAGACAAUUUGAGGAGGAUGUAAAUAAUUUUCAAAACUAGAAAUAAUCUCCCCACCAAAGGAGACACAUGCCCUUUUUAACAUGUAUUAAUAUCUUCAAUUUAUCAACCUAAAUCAAGCGUGCCAUUGCUACACAGACCAAUCUUUCCUGUAUAUGUCUAUAACCGAAUUCUUCUGUGCAUCUUGAGUCAAAACUAAACUUGACUACUGUGUAACUAUUUUCUUUUUAAUUUCCUUCGCCUGAAUAUUAAUUAUUAACGAAAUAUUUACUACUCAA